GGCCCAGCUGCCCGGUUGCAAGGUGGGGUGUCCCCGCCGCUCAGAUCCCCAUCUCACCUGCCGCACUGGAGGUGGCCUCGCCGCUUCCUGCGCGCACCUUGGGUCCCUCCCUCCCGGGCCGGGUUUGGCCCCGGCGGCCGCCCCUGGGCGCCCACGACUGGACCCGCGGUUUCGGUCAGACCCGCCCGCGGGCUGGUUUCGAUUAGGGCCAGUAGGAGGGCGGAGCGGCCGGGACGCGAAGAGCGAACUAGCCUGAGUGGGGACGGUCUCCGCGCAGGAGACAAAGAGCGUCCCUGGAGCCAUCAGGGGGCAGGAGCUCGACCCGGAGCCCGGGGCGCCCGCGCUGAUUUCGGGUCCCCGGAGCCCGGGGCACGGCCGGGAGAAGGCGACAGCGGAGGAGGAAGGCGGCAGGUGCGCCGUCGGCGCGGCGGGCCGGGAUGCGGACGCCGGUGGUGAUGACGCUGGGCAUGGUGUUCGCGCCCUGCGGACUGCUGCUGAACCUGACUGGCACGCUGGCGCCCGGCUGGCGGCUGGUGAAGGGCUUCCUGAACCAGCCGGUGGACGUGGUGCUGUACCAGGGCCUGUGGGACAUGUGUCGGGAGCAGAGCAGCCGCGAGCGCGAGUGCGGCCAGCCGGACGAGUGGGGCUACUUUGCGGCCGAGCCCGUGCUGGUGGCGCGGGCACUCAUGGUCACCUCGCUGGCCACCACGGCCCUGGGGCUGCUGCUGGCGUCGCUGGGUGUGCGCUGCUGGCAGGACGAGCCCCACUUCGCGCUGGCCGGGGUCUCAGGCCUCGUGCUCUUCGUCGCCGGCCUCCUCAGCCUCAUCCCGGUGUCCUGGUACAACCACUUCCUGUGGGACCGCGAGGUCCUGCCCGCCCCGGCCAACCCGGUCACGGUGCAGGUCAGCUACAGCCUGGUGCUGGGCUACCUGGGCAGCUGCCUCCUGCUGCUGGGCGGCUUCUCGCUGGCGCUCAGCUUCGCACCCUGGUGUGAGGAGCGGUGUCGCCGCUGCCGCAAGGCGCCUUCCGCCGGGCCUCGCCGCAGCAGCGUCAGCACCAUCCAAGUGGAGUGGCCCGAGCCCGAGCUGGCGCCCGCCAUCAAGUACUACCGCGACGGCCAGCACUGGCCGCCGCCUGCCCAGCCCCGCAAGCCCAAGAUCGGCUUCCCCAUGCCGCGGCCACCGCCCAAGGCCUACACCAACCAGGUUGAUGUCCUCGACGGGGAGGGGGAGAAGGCGGCCUCGUCCCAGGGCACCUCCUCGUGCAGCACCCAGCCCUACCACAGCUCUCUGCCCUGCGACUCCGACCUCUAGACGCCUGGAGAGCCUGGGGGUCGCGGGUGGCAAAGGACUCAACCCCGCACAGGCCCGCCUGGCUCCGACUUGGAACCCGGACACUUGUCCCUCGCCGGUGUGGUUGGAAAUCUUCCUUUCCUGGGACCAAACAGGACCCCUUCGACGAUUAGUUCAGGCUGGGUUUGGUUUUCUUCUUAAAGAGUUUCGUUUUCCUCUCCAGAGGGAGCAAGGUCCUCUUAGGGAGUGACGGGCUUUUCGUAUUUUUUUGCUGAAAAGGGUGGCAUUUGCGUCACGUGGACCAGGGACAAUAACCAGAGUUAAAGUCAGCAAUGCUCA